AUGUAUAUUAAUACAUACGGAAGACUUCAAAAAGGAUUUUCCAUGUCUUAUUCAGAAUUAAUCAAUGAGUUAUUAAAUUGUUCUUUGGGAGUUAAGCAAAAAUGGCAUGGCAUAUUGCAGUUUACUGAGUUGCCACCAUCCGUAUAUAAUUCAACACCACUUGUAGAUUUUGAUUUUAUUGGUUCAAAAAGAAUUUCUAUUGAGCGAUGA